ACCACAGCCAAUUUAAAUGGUAGCUGACUUCACUGCCCCUCUUCAAUUUUGGGAAGGCACGAUCAGUAUCCGUCUUCAUAUUUUGAGAAGGCACGAAUAGUGUUUUUCUUCAAACUUAGAGAAGGAACGAGCAGCGUCCCCUGUCAAACUUUAGGAAGGCACGAGAAGUGUCCUUGUUUAUAAUUUGAGAAAGUACGAAUGGUAUCCUUCAUGAAACUUUGGGAAGGCACGAGUGGUGUCCCUCUGUAAACAUUGGGAAGGCGCGGGUGGUUAGUCUAUCAAGGUCUACGUCCAGCAUCAUGGAGAUGGCAAUUACAUACUACUGAUCACCCCGAGAAAAAAGUUCAAAGGAUAAACUGACGGUCAGAAGUUCUUCGAUAAGGGCAUUGUUCAACGCAUAGUUUCUCUGUCAUAACUGAUUUACCCCCUCGACGCAUAGUUCCUCGGCCAUCGCCGCGACUAUUCUCCUCGCCACGAUGUCGGACUUAUACAAUGCAACCACUUUCACCAAUCGCGCAGUGACUCCAACGGGCCUUGGUGGUUUUGCUUAUCCAGACCGUCCCACCGUGUUUAUCUUCCUCCCUGGCGGAUGGUCUGGCGACAUGUGGCAUUGCGCAGCUGCAACGGCUCUGUGCCAAAGCGAAGAUAAAGAUGUCAUUCGUGCAUAUGCAAUCACGAUCAUUGGAAUGAAAGAGAAAGUCAGCUUGGCCCGAGAUGGCACUGUGGAGGUUUCUCCAGAUUACUCGAUUAUCUAUGGAAACCGAACAUACAACUACUUUCACUCCAUUCAGAUUCCUGCUCUCCUUGCCCGACUCAACAAACUGGAGAGUAGAUUCCAGCCACUUUUUAGCGGCAAUAUCACUAAGGGCUCUGGCGAGUAUUUGAAUAAGAUCAUCGCCCUUUACCGUGCGAAUUACGGGAACCCGAAUGCUGUCUGCAGCUUCAUGUGGCCUCUCACUCCCGAGACUGAGGAGGUUGCCAAUGCACGCCCAUUUCAGCUUCCCCCAAAUGUCGCCAAACCAGUCUCCUUGGCAGAAGAUGUGCUUUUCCCCAACGACGACGAUAUCCCUGAACUCGCCACAAGCGAUAUAAACCCUCCUUACCUGUUUGACGGAAAUGAAGAUGCUGUGACAGGCCCAGGCCAUAUGCUGCACCUAUGGACUUCAACAACUAUCACCAUGCAAUAUCUUUAUGACCCCAACAAACGCGCAGGCCGCAUUCAAUACCUCCAGGAGCAACUUGGCAACAUAUCAAAGACAAACUCCACUUGGUUUCAGCAAGCGCGCGCACUUGCAGACAAACUUGUCAUGCUUGCCACGCAGGAAGGUGUUGACAGGUCGAACGCCAAAAGGGUUGUGCUCUUCAACUACCGCAAGGGCGACGUAAACAAGCAGCAUGACGGGAACAUAGGCCUUCUCAGUUCUGUCUCUCAGUUUGGUGCCACAAAGGGAUUCGUCGUCAUUGCACUUAUUGUCAAUGUGCCUCAGGAAGAGGUUGAUUACCUCAGGAUAAACAACCAUGUCGUCCUGAAUCUCUAUGCAAAGGGGCAAUACUACGACAAGCGGUACACUGCUACCUUUUGGUCAAUCGUGGCGAACGAACUGCAGGGAACCAUCGUGCAGGGGCUUAUUGGUGGGAGAAGCGGAAGCAUGGAUAUUGCAUCUUUCAUGGGUGUCAAUACCUGUUCAUUCGAUGAGCCAGUGUUUGGCAAGGGUUAUAAGUUUGACGAUGAAUAUAUUCUGGCUCAAGGAGGACAGUUACUCAGAUUGAUGUCGCAGUACCCGGUGAUGAGCAUCGUCUACGUGAGUGUGGAUAGCUGGUACGAUAACAGGCAGAUAUACAAUUCGUAUGAUGAGCUUGACGAGAGAGGACUGGGAGAAUGGCUGAAUCGGGCGCCGAGUGACCCUCAUAUCUGCCCAGCGAUAUCUGUUGUGGAAGUUCGGUUUACUCAGGCAGGAAGCAAGUCAUUGGAUACCGCCUUGUUCAGAAUGGAGAACGACGACAUGAGAAUCAGAGCCACCAGUUUGAGGGAGCUGUUGGGGUUGCAGUAGACGAGAGUGGGCAGCGGAGGGGGGGACUACGAGAGGUGCUAUUAUCCGCGUUUCCUAUUUCAGUCGCCAUGGCUAGAUUCUCUUUUGCCAGUGAUUCCAUUUGACGAAUUACGGUUUCAGUGCCUGAAAAUGGCGGAGUAUAUUAACAUUCCCGAGCCACAAUAGCUGUUGCUUCUAUCAUUAAACUUCGCGG